GCUAGAAAAAUUUUCUUCACCUUUACGCGAAGAGUCUGCACACGUAACCCAGUCGGCAAGCAAUCGGAACCCAACACACCGCUCUUUCUGAUUCCCAAACUCGUGUCCUUGAAUCAUUCCACCUUCACUUUGAUUUCUUCAACUGUUUCGGCUGCCGCGCGUUCAUGCCAAAUCUUCUUUACACCACCACCCAGAGAGCAAAAAAGUUCAGGCAAAAGUGUCAGCAUACCCCGCGAUUGAGAUUCUAAACCCCUCUAUCAGUAACCAUGGCUUCCAUCAACAUCCGCCGCGACGUCAAGGACUCGUUCUACCGCUACAAGAUGCCCAAGCUGCAGGGCAAGAUUGAGGGCAAGGGCAACGGCAUCAAGACAGUGCUGCCCAACAUUGCCGAGGUGGCCCGUGCUCUCUCGCGCCCGCCGGCAUACCCGACCAAGUACUUUGGCGGCGAGCUGGGCGCGCAGGUCAAGAUCGAGGAGAAGAACGACCGGUACAUUGUCAACGGUGCGCACGACGUCAACAAGCUGCAGGACCUGCUCGACGGGUUCAUUGAGCGGUUCGUGCUGUGCGGCAACUGCAAGAACCCGGAGACUGACCUGAUCAUCACGCGGGAUUCGAGCAUCAUCCGGCAGUGCAUGGCAUGCGGACAGCGCUCUGAUGUGGAUAUGCGGCACAAGCUUGCCACGUACAUCAUCAAGAACCCGCCGCCAAAGGACAAGAAGGGCGGGCAGCACGCGUCGGCGGGAACUUCGUCGGGCAACGGCCACGCUGAGGGUGGCGAGGAGGAGGGCGACCCGACCGAGGAGAUGGAUCGGCUGGCGAAGGAGGCGGCAGAGCUCGAGAUUGACGACGACGACGAGCCUGUCGCGCGCCGGCAGAAGGCGCUGGCUGGCAACUUCACGCAGGGCGACGAGGACGAGGGCGCCGAGGAUCCGUACGACCUGCUGGGCGAUUACAUCAACGCCAAGCCCGAGUCGGACCUCGAUAUCUUCAACAAGGCCAAGGAGCUGAAUCUCUACAAGAAGCACCGCGCCCUUGUCGUUGUCGUGCAGUGCCUGUUCACCGACCCGGCCACUAUUGUCAAGGAUGUCGCCAAGCACGCGACGCUGCUCCGGUCGUUUGGCGACUCGGACAAGCACCAGCGCGCCGUCCUGGGCGGCUUUGAGCGCGUCAUCAGCGAGAGCCUCGACGCGCUGCUGCCCAAGGUGCAGCCCAUUCUGAUGGCUCUUUACAACGCCGACGUGAUCGAGGAGGAAGCGUUCCUUGAGUGGGGCAAGAAGCCGUCCAAGAAGUACAUCGAGAAGGAUGUGGCCAAGAAGAUCCACAAGGCUGCGGCCGCAUUCCUGCAAGGAUUUUAUUAG